UGCUGCUCAGGGCCCUGCCGCAGAGGCGAGGAGAGGGCGGAGCGCUGGUGCCGCCAUGGAUUUCUCCAGGUUCUUGGCCGACGACUUCGAGGUGAAGAGCUGGGUGAACGGGGCCUUCAAGGCUGUGCAGCAGGAUGCUCCGGGAAAGGUGGAUGCCCAUGCUGCUACCCUGGUGAUGAAGCUACAGCUCUUCAUCCAAGAGGUCAACAACGCUGUGGAAGAAACAAGUCAUCAGGCUCUCCAGAACAUGCCUAGAGUCCUCCGGGAAGUGGAAGCCUUGAAACAGGAGGCCACAUUCCUGAAGGAGCAAAUGAUCCUUGUUAAAGAAGAUAUCAAGAAAUUUGAAGAAGACACAGCUCAGUCAAUGCAGGUCCUUGUAGAGAUUGAUCGAGUGAAAUCUAGAAUGCAGUUGGCUGCUGAGUCGCUCCAGGAAGCAGACAAAUGGAGCACAUUAAGUGCAGACAUUGAAGAGACCCUUAAAACACAGGAUGUAUCUGUGAUUUCUGCCAAGCUCACAAGCAUGCAGAGCAGCCUGGCCAUGCUUGUGGAUACACCGGAUUACUCUGAGAAGUGUGUGCAUCUUGAGGCUCUGAAGAACCGACUAGAGGCCAUGGCCAGCCCUCAGAUUGUUGCUGCUUUUAAUGCUCAGUCUGUAGAUCAGGCAAAAAUGUUUGUUAAAGUCUUCACUGAAAUUGAUCGGAUGCCCCAGCUUCUUGCUUAUUAUUAUAAAUGUCACAAGGUGCAGCUGGUGGCAGUGUGGCAGGAUCUUUGUCAAAGUGACUUAAGCUUAAAUCGUCAAUUGACUGAACUGUAUGACACACUCCUUGGGACCUGGCACUCGCAGCUUCAGUGGGCAACACAGGUUUUCAAGAACCCCCAUGAAAUUGUGACCGUGCUGUUGAUUCAAACGCUGGGAGCCUUGGUGCCUUCCAUCCCUGUCUGCCUCAGCACUGCCAUGGAGAGAGUAGGCCAAGAAACCAAACUGAAUAAGCUGCUGGAGCUCUAUGAUGCCACUAUCCACUUCGCAAAAGGGCUGGAAAUAGCAAUGCUGCCAAACCUGAAGGAGCAGAACCUGGUAAAAGUAACGGAACUGGUAGAAGCAGUGUAUGGUCCAUAUAAGCCCUACCAACUUGAGUAUGGAGACCUGGAAGAAGAAAAUCUCCUCAUUCAGAUCAGUGCAGUGCCCUUGGAGCAUUGGGAAGUAAUUGACUGCGUCCAGGAACUGAACCAUUCGGUGAACAAACUCUUCAUUCUGGCUUCUGGAGCCAUCGACAACUGCAUUAAACUCACUGAUGGACUGGGAGUGUGUGGGCUCCUUAAGGCCCUGAGAGCUCUGUUCACAAAGUAUACAUCUGACUUUACAAAUGCAUUGCAGUCUAUACGAAAGAAAUGUAAACUGGAUGAUAUCCCAUCAGAUUCACUUUUCCAGGAGGACUGGACUGCUUUCCAAAACUCUAUCCGAAUAAUUACUACUUGCGGUGAGCUGCUUCGUCAGUGUGGAGACUUUGAGCAGCAGCUAGCCAACAGGAUUUUAUCAACUGCUGGGAAGUAUCUCUUGGACUCCUACAGCCCUUGUAGCUUUUCUGGCUUUCAGGAUACCAGUUCCGCAGAAAAGAAGAGCUCUGUCAAGAACCCCUGGCAGGAAUACAAUUAUCUUUUGAAGGAGAAUCCGUCUGAGUAUGCCAGCCUUAUGGAAACACUUUAUACUCUAAAGGACAAAGGUACAAGUAACCACAACCUAUUGUCUUCAUCUCGAUCUGCUCUAAGCCGCCUCAACCAGCUAGCACACCACUUGGCUUUUGAUUCUGUUUUUCUUCGCAUCAAACAACAGCUCUUACUCAUUUCUAAGAUGGAGGGAUGGAACUCCAGCGGCAUUGGCGAGACCUUGACAGACGACCUGCCAAACUUCAGCCUGACUCCUCUGGAAUAUAUUAGCAAUAUUGGACAAUAUAUUAUGUCACUCCCUCUCCACCUCGAGCCAUUUGUCAGUCAGGAGGAUUCUGCUUUGGAACUGGCAUUACAUGCUGGAAAACUGCCUUACCCCCCAGAACAAGGAGAUGAAUUACCUGAGCUGGACAACAUGGCUGAUUACUGGCUGGGCUCCAUCGCCAGAGCUACGAUGCAAACCUAUUGCGAAGUCAUCCUGCAAAUACCGGAGCUCACUCUACAUUCGACAAAGCAGCUUGCCACAGACAUUGAUUAUCUAAUAAAUGUGAUGGAUGCCCUCGGCCUUCAGCCAUCAAGAACACUGCAAAAUAUUGUAACCCUGUUGAAGGCAAAACCAGAGGACUACCGGCAAGCUGCAAAAAGCGUGCCCCGCAGAAUGGCCAGCAGCAUCGCUGCGAUGAGAGGACUGGAAUAUUAGCUGUAAUGUCCCCACUGCCGGGCGUCCUUCAAGGGCUGAACUGAUUUUUCUCUUAUUCCCGAUAAACUUUCCAAGGAUAGUGAAGAUGUCUCUGGGGAUAAGGGGAAUGUAUUUAUGACUAAUUUUUAAUAAAUGCCUUUGUUUAGGAAUAGCUUGUUCAUUUUUUUUCUGUCUUUAGAAAUGAGGAAAGCUGUCUUACAACCAAAUUUACUAAAAACUGUCUGGAUGACCUUGAGUAGGUUGAGCAGUGCUGGCUUCUAACUAGAAUUGGUCUGCCACUAGCUGGGAGAGUUCAUGCUUCAUGACGGUGAGAUGACUGGCUUUUUCAGAACAGCUUAAUCAAUUUUGAACCUAAAAUUAUGGGGUAGGUGCAGCAUAUAUCAGCUGAUUGCAAGCUGUUCCACCUGGAGGCAGUGGCCAUUGCUCAAGUCUGUCAUUAUUCAGAAUCUCGUCUGUUAGUAGAAAACGCAUGAUCAAACCCAACUCUGAGAAUAAAACCAGAUUUGUAGGUUGUUUCUUAUGAGAUUAAUGUAUUCUACUACUUAAAGCUGUGAUGAGUCUAAGAUAUUUAAUGAAACAAUGUUGUUUUCUUGUGAAAUUUAUUAAAGAGUGAUAUCUAGAUCUUUGUAAAAAGCCUUGUUUAGCUUGAGAAUGCUUCCAACACUUCCACAGCUUUUUUUUAGGAGAAAAUUGGGCAAAAUGCAAGGAGAUCCCAAAACUGGAAUGCCAGCUGUGUCAAACCUCACAUGCAAACUCUUCUGGUUUGGAGGGGGGAAAAAAUCUUUGUCUUCCCCUUACCUGUAGCUACUCCUGCAGUUUUCUCCUUCUGUUCACCCCUGGACUCCUUGGGUGAGUAAUUCUUUUCCCAUUUUUUUCCCAUCUCUUUACCUCUUAACUUGUUUCAGGCUGCUCUAAUAUUCAAAACCCGUCUGGAUGUGAUCCUGGGAAAUAUGCUCUAGAGGA